AUGGGCACAGACAAGGAGAUCAUGGCCCACGCGGAUGAUGCAUUUCAGUCAUCAAACCAGGAUGAUUGGGAUAUGCAACGUCUGGGUAAAACCCAGCAAUUAAAGAGGAAUUUCCGAUUCUACUCGAUUCUGGGGUUCACCACGACUCUCAUGGCGACAUGGGAGUCAAUUCUACUCACGAGUACCUAUGGGUUGACCGAUGGUGGCCGGGCCGGUAUGGUCUAUGUCUAUAUUGCAUCAUUCGUGGGGUUCUUCGCUGCUGUCAUCUCCAUGGCUGAAAUCGCUUCAGUAGCACCGACAUCUGCUGGACAAUAUCACUGGGUCAGCGAAUUUGGACCCCCAAGAGCGCAAAGAUUCUUAAGCUAUCUCACUGGGUGGUUAUCGGUCUUGGGAUGGCAAGCUGCAUUUGCUAGUAUCUGCUUCCUUUGCGGUACUCUGAUACAAGGACUCCUCGUAUUCAACUACUCGGGGGACACGGCUUAUGUAUACGAUUAUCAUCGGUGGCAUGGAACUCUCCUCACGAUCGCCAUCGCAGCCAUCGGAACACUGGUCAACACAUACGGCGCAAAAAUGCUACCUUCGCUCGAGAUUGUUAUCUUGGGUCUUCAUCUUGGCGGGUUCGUCGCAGUUCUCGUCCCAAUGUGGGCGAUGGGAUCUGGAACCGCCGCAAGCCACGAGGUGUGGAAAGAGUUUACCAAUUCUGGUGGAUGGCCAAGUAUGGGAUUGGCUUGUUUAGUCGGCCAAUUGACUCCGAUUUUCUCAUGGACUGGACCGGAUGCCGCGACUCACAUGGCUGAGGAGGUGCAAAAUGCCUCUUUCGUUAUUCCCUGGUGUAUGGUUUCAACGGCCUUGAUCAAUGGUGCUCUGGGUUUCGUCAUCCUGAUCACCAUGCUGUACACCAUGGGCCCUCUGGCCGACGUCCUGGAUCCAGCGAGUGGGUUCUCUUUUAUCCCCGCUGUGCAGCACGCCACAGGUUCAAUGGCCGCUACCAACGGUGUCGCUGCCAUUAUCCUGGUCAUGGAGGUUUGCAGCGCUAUCAGUAUUCUCGCUACCGCUUCACGACAGACCUUUGCAUUUGCUCGCGAUAACGCAUUACCAUUUUCCAAAACGCUCGCACACGUCAACAAGCGCACUCAGGUUCCUAUCGUCUCUGUCUUGGUUUCUACAAUCAUUACUGUUUUACUAAGUUUGAUCAACAUCGGUUCCACUGCUGCAUUCAACGCGAUCGCAUCAGUCAUGAUCGCCGCGCUAUUCACAACUUAUAUCCUCUCAAUUGCUGCAUUCAUUCGCGCGCGACUUCUUCCGGAUGGAAUCCCACCUUCUCGAUUCUCGCUUGGCCGACUCGGAAUGCCUACUAAUAUUUUCGCGGUCGCUUGGCUUUGCUUUUCGAUUAUCUUUACUUUCUUCCCCACAGCCAAUAACCCGACACCUGUUGAUAUGAACUGGUCUAUUCUGGUUUUCGGUGUUGUGAUCAUCUUUGCCGUUGUGCAAUAUCUUCUUCAUGGUGCUAAGAUUUACGAGGCACCUGUGACACAAGUACGCAAGACUGAUUGA